ACCCCACGGAGAACGCACACAGCCAGACCGGAUCAUGUGACGGCAAUAGUUUCUAAACGACAAAACCCCGGAGAGAGACACACACACGCACGCACGCACUCAGCGGGGGAGCGAGUUUCGUAACUUGGGGAAGUUUGGUGGAGCAAUCGGCCGAGCGCACCGCUCCGUUUGCGCCUCUUUUUCCUCGGAUGCGAGUGACGCCGCGGAGCGCCGAUCGUCGCCUGCGAGCCGCUUCUAAGCGCGUCUGUCCCGCGGACCCGCAGCGGAACCGUCCCCGUCUCCUGGACGCAGACUCUCCGUCCACACAGCAGAGCCUGUUCUGCGCAGCCAUGCUGAUGUAUGACUUCCCUCUGAAGACGGACAUGGAGACGUCGUUCUACUCGCCGUUGGUGAAAACCACGGAGCCGUACCGGAGUUCUUUCUCCCACCCGGCCCACAUCUACCACGCGGCGCACAUGCCCGCCUUCGCCCAGCACCACGCGCCCAGCCACCUGCCGCACGCGCAGCUGGAGCCCGUGGACCUGUCGGUCAGCAAGCGCUCCUCCGCCACCUCCUCCCCGCCCUGCUCCUCCUCCUCCUCCUCCUCCUCCGCCUCCUCCUCCCCGGCCUCCUCGCGGAGCUCCCCGCCCUCCCCCUACAGCCGCCCCUCCCCCCGCUGCGCCACGCCGCACGCCCGGCUGCGCUCCCCGCCGGCCGCGUCCUCGCUGCCCUACUCCGCCAUGGUGACCCGGCUGAUCGGCCCGGGGUCCGGAGUCCUCCAGGAGUCGGGGGUCAUGAUGUCCCCCGUCAUGUUGCCCCUGUCCGUCCUCUACCCGCCGCCACUGCACCUGCACCAGUCGAUAAUGGUGAGCUCGCCCGUCAGCGGCGACGACGACCAUCAUCAUCGGAGCAGAGAGCACAAGACAGGUCACUGCGGCGACCUGCACGAGCCAAUCAAAACGGAGCCCCGCUCUGAGCUCGCGCACGACCUCAACGGCGGCCACGAGACGAAGUCGUCCGUCAUCAGGAUACCACACGAGCACGGGUGCAACAACCCGUCCGUCAUAGUCCAUUCGGGCGCCCAGCAUCCGCCCCCCGUCGAGUCCCCGGACACGCUGAAGAAGCGACGGAUCCACCGCUGCGACUUCAACGGCUGCAACAAAGUGUACACCAAGAGCUCCCACCUCAAGGCGCACCGCAGGACGCACACCGGCGAGAAGCCCUACAAGUGCAUGUGGGAGGGUUGCACGUGGAAGUUCGCCCGUUCGGACGAGCUGACGAGACACUUCCGGAAGCACACGGGGGUCAAGCCGUUCCAGUGCCCCGACUGCGAGCGCAGCUUCUCCCGCUCCGACCACCUGGCGCUACACAAGAAGCGCCACCUUUUGGUGUGAACCAGAACCACCCCGGACUGUACCGCUUGACCCGAGGCCGUCGCGCGCAGUUCUGCGGAUUUAUCGUCCCCCCCCCUCCGACACUUUAACAGAGAAGAGAGGCCGCUGCACAUCAGCCGGCCUGAGAUGCAGCGCUCUCCUGUGGUCGGAGAACCUAACUGUCCGACGCCGUCUCUGCCUCACACGGCACGCUCACAUCAGCUCCCAUACACAGGUUGUUCGCUACCUAGGCCAAUAUAAUGUGAAACUCCAGAAUGUACCAUAGCUCACCUACUGUGCAUCGUGUCAUGCACGCUUCAGCCUCACCUGUGGCAUGGCGCCCAAGGCUGGCGCCUCCUCCUUCACGGACCACCACAUCCAAACUGCACCCACCUGAUCUGCCUCUGCAAAAACACACCUGUAAAAGGACUUGUAAAAACACACACCUGGGAAGGAAACAGGUCGCCAAAUGUUUUAAACGAGGGAACACGUGCACUUAAUAAAAGCAGCCUCGGUUCGCUGUGCUUUUUUCGGGAAUUUGGGUUGAAAAAAAGAAACGUAGGACCUGGGUCUCGUUCAAUGUCAGAGUGAAGUGUUUUUUUAAUGUUUUUAUUCAGAAAUGUGAACGUUGCUGCACAGGGGCAUUAUUGUUAGCAAGGAAAAGACACCACUUGGUUGGUUUAAGGGUAGAAGCAAUUAUAGGUCUUAUAUCAAGUUUAAUGAUUUUUUUGUGGGAAAUGCAAAGGGGAGACAUUUUAUCUUUGUCACAUAAUGUUUAAAGAUGUAUAACAUUGAUUUGAACAGUUUUCUUAAGAGGUGGGGUCAUUAGAUAUAUUCUGCUACACUGUCACCUUUUUAGAGCCCAACAUUUACAGCACAAAAAGGAAAUAGUUCUGCUCAAUGCAUCUUUGUACAUUUCUCCAAUGUGCACUUUAUAUAUAUAUAUAUAUAUAUGUGUGUAUAUAUAAAGUAUCAGACCCUAUAUACACAUUACGAACAUUCCCAAAGCGAAACAUUUUCUAAUCAAAUAUUCUAUCCGCCUGCUGGUCAGUUUGAUCGGAAAUAUUUAACUUAAGUCUUUCUGAUCAUGUAAUACAGAAGAUGUGAUAAUUUUUCUUCUACACGCAUGUACGCUCAUAAACACACAUCGAAUGUAGCGGCUAUAGUGAUUUGCAUUUUGCCCCUUGAUCUUCUUCGCGGUUUUUACUUUGUUUUUGUAUUUCUGAAAAUAUAAGUUGUAAUAUAUAUAUAUUUUAUAAUUGAUUAUUAGACCGAAAGGGCAAUUAAAGGUUUUUUAUUAAGCAUGAUUUUGAUACUCAUAAUAAUGGAUAUACAUUUCUAUAAUGUUCUGUCUAUAAUAAACCCAAUAAACCUUUUAAUCUAAGCGUUGGCAAUUCAAAGGGAACAUGUUAAACUGUGAACAUAUAACUGCACAUGUUUAUAUGAAAUUUUAGCAUUUAUUUUAAGAAAGAAUAUUCAUACCACUUAAUAAACGUAUUGGUAAUACCUGCAGAAUGAA